AUGGCGUCGCUGGCCAUCACGGAAGCGCAGGCAGAGCUCAUCAGCUCUUUGUCGCAAGAUGAUAUCCCCGUGAAGCUCCGGUGCGCCAUCUGCAGCAAACUCGCCAUCAACACGUUUCGUUUGCCCUGCUGCGAGCAGGCCAUUUGCGAGAGCUGCCAGUCGACCCUGCCCUCCUCAUGUCCGGUUUGCGAGCACUCACCGCUGUCGGCCGACGAUUGCAAACCGCACAAAGCGCUGCGCACGACCAUCAAGGUGUUUGUUAGGACCGAGGAGAAGAAGCGCGAAUCGAGCCGGUCCAAGGAUGCCACGACCGCGAUCACGCCCGUCGACCCCAGCCCCGUCUCGGCCACCGUGCCGACCGUCCCAGAACCAGCGCCGGUGGCAGAAGGAAACGAGGUUGUCGAGAGGCAGCCAUCCGCGGCCUUGGAGCCUGCGUCUGAAGCCAACCCCUCCGCCGCGGCAGACCAAGAGGGCAUAGAAGCACCUCCUCAGCAGGAACAAGCCGGGCCCGCAGAGAACAGUGUGAAUAUUCAUGAACAAACGCCUUCUGGCGCGGUGAAGGGCGAACCGGAAGCGACGACCUCGACAGAGCUAAUCCCAGCCCAGAAAGCCUCGGAGCCGACCGAGGCUGAGAAUGCCGAGGAGAACAACGAACCGGAUGAGAAUGGCGACGGCCAACAACUGAACCCGAGCGGCGCCGGCGGAGUCCCGGCCGACGGCAUGAGCGGCGCGUUUUCGGCGACUGGUUUUGCCCCCGGAUUCGAUCAGAUGCAAAUGAUGAUGGCCAUGCAAAACGGGUUUGGCAACCUCCCCAUGAUGGGCAUGCCGGGCAUGAACAUGGACCCGAUGACGAUGCAGAUGUACAUGAGCGGUGGUUUUCAUGGCAUGGGCAUGAACGGCAUGAACAUGAAUAUGGGCAUGGGAGGCUACGGAGGCGAAGCCGAUAACUGGAGCGGACAGCAAUCAUGGAAUGUCGGCCAAGAUAAUUUCAAUCAUCCAAGCGCUUCUGGCAUGGGCAAUGGUGAUUAUGGCUCAUUUAACUCUGGCUUCCAGACAGGAUUCAAUCAAGGUAAUUAUGGCCACCAGAACCAUUUCAAUGACUAUCGCCGGAAUCAGUACGGGUUCCGCGGUAGGGGUCGAGGCCGUGGUUACGGGUACGGGUACGGGUACGGAUACGGCCGCGGAGGGUACCAGCACGCAUACGGCGGAGGCGGCCACUGGAAUGAUCAGAGCUACGACGGACAGCCGUACCAGACCGGCCAGGGCGAAUACCAACAAGGCGGCGGCGAGGCGAACCCGGAUGCCAGUGUCGAUGAGUUUGGGCGUUCGCUCCGCGGUGACACCGGGCAGGAAGGGGCCGGCGAGAAAGCUCGAGCGGAAGGUGAUGGUGUCCCGGACAGGGCAAACCAGGGGACGAAUGAAGGCGGCGAGGGCGUGGCUGCACGCCCAAACCCCGAUGUGCCCCUCAACGCGCCCAAGGGGCCCAAAGCGAUGCUGCGCGGCCUCCCCAACACGAGCUACAAACAUCUCCAGGCUAGAGGCUGGGUGGAUGACGACAAGCCUCUGACGCCCACCAGCGGCUCCGGCGCCGGGUUCGAUCGCGGGCGGUCGCCGAGCAGCUCAGUGCACGGCUCCCUCCGCGACAGGUACGCCCACGAGCGCUACCAGGAAAGGAGCAGGGAGCGCGACCACGGCGGCCGGGAUCGUCUUCGCGACCACGAACGUGACCGCGACCGCGACCGCGACCGCGACCGCGACCGCGACCGCGAGCGUGGCAGGGACAAAGAGCGCUCAUCGAGCAGGAGUCGCAGCCGAAGCCGCAGCCGAAGCCGCAGCCGCAGCCGCAGUUACGAUCGCAGGGAACAUCGGCGCAGCAGCAGGCGGCAGCGGUCAUACUCGCCCGCGGACGAAGAGAGGGAGAGCGACGACGAGCGCCGCCACCAUCACCGCCACCGGUCGUCGCACCGCAGGAAGCACUCGUCGUACGGGGAGGACGAGCGCGAUCGCGAGCGGGAGCGGGAGCGGGAGCCAAAGUCGCGGCGGGACGAGUUGCGGGAGGAUUCCCGGUCGCGGUCGGCGUCGCCGGCGGCCGACGACUCGCAGCGGCGGUCGAGCCACCGCAGCAGCCGCAAGGAGCGCGACUCGGAGAAGCGCCACGAGCGCGACAGGGACAAGGACAAGGACCGCGACGACCACCGGCGCAAGUCGCACCGGUCGCAUCGCGAGAGGGACUACGAUCGGGAUCGGGACCGGGACCGGGACCGGGAGAAGGACCGAGACCGUGACCGCGACCGUGACCGCGAGCGGGAUAGGGACAGGGAUAGGGACCGCAAGGAGCGCGGGGACCGCGAUCGUGACCGCGAUAGAGACCGUGAGCGGGACCGCGACAGAGACAGGGACAGGGACAGGGACCGCGACCGAGAAAGCCGCCGCGACCGCGACAAAGACCGCCACCGCCGCAGCAGCAGGACCGCCACCACAAAUGCCGACGAGCCCGCCACCUCCACCACGGACCUCGCAGACACCGCACACACCCACACAGGCGAGACCAACCCGCGCGGCUCCGCCAGCGGCGCCCGCGCCCUAGGCCUCGAAAUCAAGGGCGCCGCCGCCGCCGCCGCAGCCGCAGCCGCAGCGGACAACAACAACACCAACAGCACGAACAACACGAACAACCCCAACCGGCGCUCCUCCCUCGCCACGCCCACACCCGCACUCACCAACCACCACAACACCGCAGCAACAGGCCCCUCCGCCGCCGCCGCCGACCCGCACGCGGCCGAGCGCGCGGCCCGCGACAGGGAGCGCCUGCUGCGCGAGACGCGGCGCAUGGCCAGCCUGACGGGGCUGGCGGGGCUGGCGGGGACGAAGCGCGGGCGGGAGCAUCUCAGCGGUGGCAGUGGCAGUGGUGGGGACGGGAAUGGCGACGACGGGAGCGGGAGUAGGAAGAACAGCCGGCGGAAGGGGCGGCGCGGGGAGGUGGUGCCUGUGUUUUAUGGGGCCGGUGGUGGUGGUGAGGAUGGGCUGGAUCGGGAGGGUAGUGGUGGUGGUGCGGAGGAGGAGGGGGAGGAGGCGAGGUUGCGGCGGGUUGAGGCUGAGAGGGAGAGGGAGAGGUAUGAGUGA